AAUUUAAACAGAAAACAAAAACGUUUGACCAUGUCUAUAAUGCUGUCUCCUUCGCGUGAGCUUUCCCAUAACAAAAUUGAACCUAUCGCAAAUGAAGAGAGUGACACAAAUGUCAUAGUCCAGUCAGAUGGGGAUCAAUCCAAGAGUUGUGGGUUCUGUGGAUACAUCCUCACUUUCUUCUCUUGCCUUCUUAUCUUUUUUACUUUUCCUGUCUCAGUGUGGUUUUGUAUGAAGGUUGUUCAAGAAUAUGAGAGAGCUGUUAUUUUCCGUUUGGGACGACUCCUUGGAGGUGCUAAAGGACCUGGUUUGUUCUGGAUUAUUCCAUGUAUGGACACAUUUCGAAAGGUCGACUUAAGGACGGUGUCUUUUGACAUCCCCGCUCAAGAGAAUACUAAAGUGGAGAAUGCAAAUUAUGCUACACAGAUGAUUGCACAGACUACAUUACGAAACAUGCUCGGAACUAAGAGCCUGGCAGACAUCCUAAAAGACAGAGAGGAGAUGUCAGAACAGAUGGAGGCGGUGCUGUAUUCUGCUUCCAAAAACUGGGGGAUCAAAGUGGAACGGGUCGAGCUCAAAGACGUCAAACUGCCCACCACUUUACAGAGAGCCAUGGCAGCUGAAGCCGAGGCCAGCAGGGAUGCCCGAGCCAAGGUGAUCGCAGCGGAGGGGGAAAUGAAAGCUUCCCGCGCUCUGAAAGAAGCGGCAAACGUGAUGUCCGAGUCUCCAGCAGCGCUUCAGCUACGCUACAUGCAGACGCUGACCGAGAUAGCCUCUGAAAGAAACUCCACAAUCAUCUUUCCUGUACCCAUGGACCUCAUGUCUGGUUUUAUGAGGAGGUGACCAUAUAUUGUAUAUUGUAAACAAAUAUGCCAAUUAACAGCUGUGUUAAUGUAUAUCCAAACAAAACUUGCCUGUAGCUAUUGAUUUAUGUGCGUUCCGUAUAUUUAUGCUUUUAACUGCUUAAUGAGACCAUGAUGUCUGUUCUGACAACUUUUGAUUUAGAAUAUUUAAAGGCACAGUAUACUUAGAUUAUUCCAACUGUUUCGACGAAUGUUCAAAUCCAGAGAAAUGAGCUAUUUUACGUGUGUCGCCAUGCUAUUACGCCAAACACCCUAGAAUAUUUUGUUUUUAUUUAUAUAAAACAUGGAAACACCAAAGGUAA